AUGUUUGUUCUUCCUUUCCUCAACUCUGUUGACGACAGCGAAACGUAAAGUCCAGUUCACAACAGUUCCAUCUGGUCAACAACUGCUGAAGACUUCAUAAGUCUGAUACUGAUCAUUUAAACGUAAUUUUCAGCUUUAGUUUCACCACAGAAGACUUGAUAAUUGUACGAAGGACAGAGUUUGUUCAAUCAUCUUUCUAACAGUCCGGAAAAAGUUGCUUGUGACGGAGUAACUUGUAAUUAUUUUGAAGAGGAAAAUCUAACUGCAUCAAGAUGAAGCCCAGGAAAUUAAAGCAAAUAAGCAUUUUUGAUUCUGCUUUCUCGCAAGAAGUGUUAACUUUGGCCAAAUUAACAGAUGUCAAGGGCUGCGUUCAUAACGAAAGCAUAACGGAAGAGAAAGGGAGAGAAAGAAAAACAAAACCAAGAUCAGAAGACUUACGGAAUUUUAGAUGCAGUUUAUGUAACAUUUUCUUUCGAGAUCUCGAUCAACAGAGGGCACAUUUCAAGUCAGAAUGGCAUGCUUUUAACAUCAAGAUGAAAAUCAGUGGAAAGGUUGCAAUAGAUGAAUUUAUAUUUCAUGAAAAAUGUGAAAAUGAGGUUGAGAAUGAUGGAAUACAUAUAAGCUUAGAGGAGGAUUAUGAUGAUGAUGAUAUUGAACUUGGCGAAAAGAAGCCUAAAGUAGAGUUUGUUACCAAUGAUAAACAGAGUUUUACAAUCUAUAGAUGUUUGCUAGAAAAAGAUUCAAAGGAAAAUUGCACAAAUUGUAGCCAUUUUGAAGAGGCUUUGAAGGUGCUUUGCAAUGAUAAUUACUGGAUUGUUCUGAUGAUGUCGGCUGGACAUUUUGCAGCUGGUAUUUAUCAUAAAGAAGAGAUUAUUGCUCAUAAGACAAUUCAUCGAUAUGUGGUGAGAGCAAAAAGAGGAACGGUGCAAAGUAAAAGAGAUGGGAAACAAUCUGGAAAAUCUCCUAGGUCUGCAGGUGCUCAUAUUCGACGUCAAAAUGAAAUAGCUCUAAUCGAGGAAAUCCAAGAACUACUUUGUAAAUGGAAGGAACAAAUUGAUCAUGCUGAUAGAAUAUUUAUCAAAUGGCCACAGAGCUGCAAAUCGAUAAUAUUUGGUGGAAAAAACCCAAUUUUAGACAAGCAUGACACGCGGGUUCGCAAAAUACCUUUCCAGACCAACAAACCAACUUAUGAAGAACUACAUAGAAUUUACUUGGAAUUAUCCACCUUCUCAUUAAAGGAUUUAUCGAUUUCAACAAGCCAAGGCCAACCAAAAGACGAGUUUCUACAGAUUACAGAAACUGUUGUUACCGGGGAUUCUGAAAGCGUCAGCUCAAAUUUUUGAAAAAAUUAAAAAUUCAUGUGAAAUGUUAUUUAUUAUAGCUAAUUGAUAAAUUGAUGUAAAAUGCCAGCAUAUUUCGUUGACUUGCUUUCAUUUCACGAGAUAACGAUGACCGGCUCUCCUCGCUCCCUCACCGGCUCUCCAAGAUCGCAUACCCACGUCAGGAAUAUGCUUGUCAGUUUGUCAUUUGACAUUAGGUGACAAUCCGGGGCUGUGUAGAUGUUUAUAUUUCAAGUAAAAUUUUUGUUGUUAAAUAAUCUGUCAAGCAGAAUAAAGGGAUUACCCUUCGUUGCAUACUCAGUGAGUAAAGAGAGUAAAACAGGGAGCAAAGACCUGGCUUUGUGUUGCUAACUUUGUCAAACCGAAAAUAAAUGGGCUGACAGUCGAACAUCGAUAUCUUUAUUGGGUUUUUAAAAAUCAGCUUGAAAAAUGAGAUGUAGAUAAAUUAUUGGCAAUGUAAUGAGGCCAUGUUUGCCAGUUUGGCUGGCUUCUUCUAAGUUAAGUCUGAGGAAUUUGGCGUUUCUAAAACGUGUUUGGCUUGAAAAUGUUAAUUUUAGACAGAAACAUGG